GGUCAGCGCUCUCUCUCUCUCUCUCUCCUCGGUCUGGAUCAUCUCCGGUGGCGGCGGUGGGAGGAGGCGAUAUUAUUCCCACCCACCCUCAGUCUGAACCUCCUCACCCACCGCGGGCCCCCGUUUCCUUUGUGAUCCUUUCAAACCUCCUCGCGGGGCUGCUGCUCCCUCCCUCCCCUGCUCGCGCGCACCAACUCACGCACGCCCGCACGCGGAUCCGCAGGAUUCAAGCAGCUCCUCCUCGAGGGGUAGCGGUGACUGAGAGCCCCCACCCCCCUCGCUCCUCCUGCGCUUGCCCCGACACCGAUUGUUGACAAAAGACGCUGUGAGACGGAGGAAAGGAGCCCGGUACCGCCCCUCUUCGGAAGGUGUGGCCGUGGUGAUUCUGUGGUGGUCGGACCGCAGCAGGCCGGCGUGAACUGGACCCCCUCCUCCUCCUCUUCCUCAUCACCUCGCUCCUUCCUUAAAACCACCCCCGGCUGUUAUUUACCGACAAAAGCAGAGGCCAAGAUGGGUCACCCACUGUAAGUGGAAGAGCCAGACCAGUGCUCCUGGAGGAGGCGGCGGCGGCCUUGGGCACGUCUAUUGAGCCGGGAAUGUUGUGAGCUGAGACGACCAGGCAGUCUGGAUCUGACCGGGGACCCAUCCUUUCCCCGGAGCCUCCGCGGCUCUAAGCCGCGUCCUGAGCCCUCCAAAAUGGGGAAGUGCGACGGGAGGUGCACGCUGCUGGUGAUAUGUUCACUGCAGCUGGUGGCAGCCCUUCAGAGGCAGGUGUUUGAUUUUCUGGGCUACCAGUGGGCUCCAAUUCUGGCCAACUUCCUGCACAUUAUGGCCGUCAUCCUGGGCAUGUUUGGCACUGUGCAGUUUCGCUUCAGAUACCUCAUCUUUUAUGCAGUAUGGCUGGUCAUCUGGGUAGGAUGGAACUCCUUCAUUAUUUGUUUCUACCUGGAGGUUGGAAACCUGUCUCAGGACAGAGACUUUCUCAUGACAUUCAACACAUCCCUCCAUCGUUCGUGGUGGAUGGAGCACGGUCCUGGUUGCCUAGUAACACCAGUAUUAGACUCCCGCAUGGCCCCCGAUGACCACCAUGUCAUCACAGUGUCCGGGUGUCUGCUCGACUACCAGUACAUCGAGGUGUUGAGCUCGGCCAUUCAGAUCCUCUUGGCUCUCUUUGGCUUUGUAUAUGCCUGCUACGUAAGUAAAGUCUUCCAGGAUGACGAGGACAGCUUUGAUUUCAUUGGUGGGUUCGAUUCAUACGGCUACCAGCCUCCUCAGAAGUCCUCUCAUCUGCAACUGCAGCCUCUUUACACGGCUGGUUAACCGUUGGUAGCACCCCCUUCAGGCCAAACCCUGAUGGUGUCACUGUGGAUGGAAAGCUGCGGUCGCCCUGAUUACACUCACUCUGUCACAGUUUACCUGAGGAAUGGACUUAACCCCACACAGAGGGAGAGAUGUGUGUGUGUGUGUGUGUGUGUGUGUGUGUGUG